ACGCGGCGCAGCUGAGCGCAGAGCUGAGCAUCACAGCCCGCAUUCAAGGAAACGGGCAAACACAGCACUUUUCUUGUUUUUUUUUUUCGCUACUUCCCGUUAUGUUUUAGCCAACCGUAUUGCAAAAAUCACACAAACAAAGAAGAAAUCAAUUCACGCGCGUUUCACGUGGACGCCAAUGGGAGGCGUUUUGGUUUGAUGCGCUGGGAUUCUGUGGCCGGUCAAGGAAAGACCCCCUCAAUUGUUUUUCUGCGCCAAGAACUGUAAAGACAUGGUCAUCACACCGCAUCCGUGAUGAGCAGCGAGCAGUGAGUGAGAGGAAGUGUCAGAGGAUGCCCCUGGUCCGCAGGGCCCAGUGCUGAGGGGAGGUCCGCCGAGCCGACUGGUGCCCCGCCAUGUCCCACCAUCACUACCAGCGAGGCUCCCAGGGCCGCACCAUGAGCUCCGAGGAGCGGAGCGCCACGCCAGUGAACAAAACCUGCACGCCGGUUCACAAGAGCGCCUCCUCGUCGUCCUCCUCCCAGCGCGACAGCCGGCAGGAGGCGGACAGCUGGGAAAUCAUUGAGGGGCUGAAAAUCGGUCAGAGCAACGUCCAGAGGCCUGACAAACACGAGGGUUUUAUGUUGAAGAAGCGGAAAUGGCCCCUAAAAGGCUGGCACAAGCGUUUUUUUGUUCUGGACAACGGUAUCCUGAAGUAUUCCAAGUCCCCCAUUGAUAUCCAAAAAGGAAAGCUUCAUGGCAGCAUCGACGUGGGCCUCUCUGUCAUGUCCAUCAAAAAGAGGGCGCGACGCAUCGACCUGGACACCGAGGAGCACAUCUAUCACCUGAAGGUCAAGUCUCAAGACAUUUUUGACGCCUGGGUGUCAAAGCUGCGUCAUCACCGGCUCUACCGGCAGAAUGAGAUCGUGCGGUCCCCUCGCGAGGCCACCAUGCGGACGUUUCCUCCCUCGGCCGCCAUAGAGUCUCCCCAGCCCGCCCCGAAUGUAGUGAAUGAAGCCAAGCAGACCAAACCGAGCAGCCUGCCAUGGCAGCCGGCGGCGCCCAGCAGCAACAGCACCAGCAGCCUGCCGGCUUCCUACAGCAACGGACAGAGCAAGGUGGUCGCCUGGCUGCAGGACUCCGAGGAGAUGGACAAGUGUGCAGAGGAUCUUGCACGCUGCCAGUCCAACCUGACCGAGUUGAGCAGGUUGCUGCAGAGUCUGGAGAUUCUGCAAAGGACGCAGUCGGCACCCAACUUCACAGAUAUGCAGGCCAAUUGUGUAGAAUUGUCAAAGAAAGAAAAGCGCUUGAACAGAAGAUGGAGAACAAAAAGUGUCGGCAAAGACGCAAAAUUCCAGCUUAAGGUCCCUUCGUCUGCCAGCAUGUCUCCUCUCCGCCUCCACUCAUCCAACCCCAACCUGUGUGCGGAGCUGGUGGACUUCGAGCCCCCGGUCUCCCGCUUGGCCGACAACAUGGAGUAUGUCAGCGACUACAUCAAACUUCAGGAGGAGUUCUGCACCCUCGCCCAGAAAGUGCACUCGCUGCUAAAGUCGGCCUUCAACACUGUGGCCAUAGAGAAAGAAAAGAUCCGACAGCUUCUGUCUGAGCAGGAGCAGUCGGACCAGUCCACCCAGAUCAGCUCUCUCAGGAAGUCUCUGUCGCAGGCCCUGUCCCAAAACGCAGAACUUCGAACUCGGCUCAACCGCAUCCACUCCGAGUCGGUCCUGACUGACCAAGUUGUCAGUGUGAACAUCAUCGCCACGCCUGAUGAGGCCGGCGAACAGAUGGGGAUCCCUCUGACUCAGCAGGCCUCUAAUGAAAGCCGACUCUCCAUGUCAGAGUCCGUCUCUGAGUUCUUUGAUGCGCAGGAAGUGCUUCUGUCAGCCAGCUCGUCAGAGAAUGAGGGCUCGGAUGAUGAGUCAUACGUCAGUGAUGUGAGCGAUAACAUUUCCGAGGACAACGCCAGUGUGACUGAUAAUGUCUCUCGACAAAUGGCCAACGGAGACUUCGCAGGCAGCGCGUUCCGCAACGGGCGGCGCACGGGCCUGCCGGCGCCCUGUCCCGACACGAGCAACAUCAAUCUCUGGAACAUCUUGAGGAACAACAUCGGCAAGGACCUGUCCAAAGUGUCCAUGCCCGUGGAGCUCAACGAGCCGCUCAACACGCUGCAGCGCAUGUGCGAGGAGCUGGAGUACAGCGAGCUGCUGGACAAGGCUGCUGAGACGGAGGAUCCCUUUGAGCGCAUGGUCCUCGUCGCUGCUUUCGCCAUCUCGGGCUACUCGUCCACUUACUACAGAGCAGGAAGCAAGCCAUUCAACCCGCUACUCGGAGAGACGUACGAAUGUAUCCGAGAAGACAAGGGCUUCUGUUUCUUCUCAGAGCAGGUGAGCCACCACCCUCCCAUCUCCGCCUGCCACUGCGAGUCAAAGAACUUCACCUUCUGGCAAGACGUGAGAUGGAAAAACAAAUUCUGGGGGAAAUCCAUGGAGAUUUUACCAAUCGGAUCCGUGAAUCUGACGAUUCCCAGGUUCGGAGAUCACUAUGAGUGGAAUAAAGUCACCACCUGCGUGCACAACAUCCUCAGCGGACGGCGGUGGAUCGAACAUUACGGAGAGAUUACCAUCAGAAACACGAAGAGCAGCGCUUGCCUCUGCAAACUCACCUUUGUUAAGGGAAACUACUGGAGCUCCAAUGUGAAUGAAGUCCAGGGGUUUGUGAUGGAUCAAGAGGGAAAAGUCAUCCACAGGCUUUUUGGGAAAUGGCACGAGGGCCUCUACUGUGGCGUCCCACCGUCGGCCAAAUGCAUCUGGAGGCCAGGCUCCAUGCCUACGGACUAUGAGCUGUACUACGGCUUCACCAGGUUUGCCAUUGAGCUGAACGAACUUUGUCCCGAGUUGAAAGACGUCCUGCCGCGUACAGAUGCACGAUUUAGGCCCGAUCAAAGGUAUCUGGAGGAAGGGAACGUGGAGAUGGCGUCUUCGGAGAAGCAGCGCAUUGAGGACGCGCAGAGAGCCAGGAGGAAGUGGAACGAUGAGAACGACGUCAAACACGAGCCGCGCUUCUUCAAGAAAGCGGUGGAUGCUAAUCGCAGGGAGAGAUGGUUGUCCAACAACACGUACUGGGAGCUCCGCAAAAACCCCGGCUUCAUCAACAUGGACCCUACCGUGAACCUGUGGUAGCACGUGGAUCUCCGUGACCGUGACUGCGGGCGAAAAGGGGGGGAUGUCGCCUGUCCUACGCACCGCCGGGUGUCGGGAGCGACCUGUCGGAACAUCUGCGUGCAUGGAUGCGACUUGAGUGCAGCGCCGAGCGACGGUAACCCGGCGAGCCCGGCGAGGGUUUCCCGAGCCUCCGCCACGCGGUCAACCAAUCACGGAAAACACCCCGCAGGAUCAUCUUCAUCGUGCUUGUCGGAGCUGGGUCGCCAGGACUGAAGUCUCAUCACUCCUACGUAGAUCCGUCCUCAGCUCUUUUGACUUCCAAGUUUGUCCCUGCCUUAAAAAGACACUCAUGCAAGUCACAGGAUUAUAGGCGCCUUUGAGUUAAAGCCAUUUUUUAUUUCCGACAGCUGUCUGGUUAGAGUAGUCUAUGAAGUAGACGUUUCGAUUACCUACCUGCAUGCUUAGAGAGCAGCUUUCACUGGCAUAAAGCCGUAUUUACUAUAUCAGAAAAUACUGUAGAAAACAAAAAGGUAUUUUUAUAAAAUAUCUUGGACUCUAGUGAGAAGAGUGAAUUGGCAGAUUUGAUUUAUUUUUGCCUUUUUUAAUAGUGUUGCAUCUGUGAGAUAGCAGUACUCUCGUCUGGGAAACAGCUCACUUCAUCUUGAUUGCGACUGCAAUAGAAGAAACGUUGGGGCCCAACGAUGGCCUUUUUUUUUUCUUCCUUCUUUUAAGACAUUUUAAGUGAGUGACCAGGAUGAAGAUGUGAACACUGAAGUAGGGCUGAAAUGGGAAUCCUCUUGUGAACUGAACACAGAUCUGUCAUGGUGUAAUGUAAAUAGAGACGACCUCAACCUCCCCGAUGUUCGCCCGCCCUCCCUCACAUAACGCAGCGGUCUAAUUUUAAACAUUAUUAGGCAAAACCAACUAUUGUGAAACACAUAAUUAUAUAUAAAAGUAUCCAAGCGAGAUGCCGACAGCAAAUGCUCCAGUUUCACCGAAAAGUCGGGCCAAGAAUGAACCUCCUGAGACCAUUUAUGAUUUUGACCUUUAUAUAAAUUGACUUUUUCUAGUCGUGUACAUUUCAAUUUCCAGACCAAACCUUCACUUUUUUGUUGAUUGAGCCCCAGCUGCAUAAAUACAUGUUAUUUUCUUAAGUUAUUGUAAAUAUUUCAUCCGAAGGUCAAAUGCUAUCUACAAAAAGUACAAAAAGAGAUUUUCUUCCAUGUACAUCCUGGUUCUGGCCAACGACCAAACACACAAUAAGAGAGGAAAAACUGUUUUCACAAUGGUGAAAACAAACAAACAAAAAAAAACAAAAACUGCUUAAUCAUAGAUAUGUGAUUUUCUGAUUAAUGAUCAAAAAAAUACUCCGGCAUCAGUCUGCAAUCAAUCCAAAACGAAACAGCAGCGACACCUGCAGGUCGUCCUGCGGAACAGCAGGAGGUCAGAGACGAGAACGGAUGAACUUUCCUAACUUUUACCUGUUUUGGAUGUUUAAACCAAAAUCAUUUGUACAGUAAAAAUACAUGCUGUACAAACAUUAACGUGUCUGAUUCCCCAAGAGAUUUUACUGCUAUGUCGUGGGCUUCUGCAAGGCAUCAGGUUGUUGUUUGAACUUUAUAUAUUUAUUGCAAAGCAGAUACGUUGUAAUAUUUUUGUCUUCUUUUCUUUUGUUUUCGUUUUACAAAGUAAGACAACUUAUCUUUGAAAACUGAACCCAACACAAAUAGUCAUACACUGUCCGCGUGUUUUGAGAGCACAUUUGAGCUGAUGGACCCUGAAUGACGACAUAAAAAAAAGAAGAAAAAAAUGCAGAGAAAAUCUAUCCUGUGUGUCGAUAGAUUAUAGACCAAAAAAAAAAGAUAAUACUGCUUUGCAUCAGCGAUCUUUUUGUUUCUCAAAUACUUGUGUGCAGAUAAAAGUUUUAUUUUUCCUGGAUCACAAAGUCAAUGCUACAACUCGUCAGCGUCUGUUUCACUUGCUGUGCCUUAAUGCAUUUAACAAUGCCUCACAAACACACAACCGAUGGGAAUCCCAUGCCAAGAAGAAAAGGAAUGCCAUUAACAAGUCCAACUCCGCACACCCUCCUCUCUCUCCACCCGCCUACAGUUAUACACGCUCGAGAUUUACUUACGGACAGAGUAGUUUAAGGUAGAAGAGUUUCGUGUAACUGUAAACCGUGCUUGCAGAGUUCAGAGAUGCUCUGCGCUGCUCUGUGACCCGUCACAUCCUUGUGUACAUAGAGCACUCCCGCCAAGGCCCAUUUCUUUUUCCACCUGCUUUAGAGACUGAAUCACAGCAGUCGGAGCAUGUGUGAAGGUCAGAGCAGUGCUUUGUGCAGUUUUUGUAUCAUAGAGUGAGAAUGUAGAGGAGAAAUCCCCCCCACCCCC